AUGGUGGUGGAGAUAGUGAUGGUGGUAAUGAAUAAUGAUAAUGUUGAUGAUGGUAAUUAUGAUGGUGUUUAUGAUAGUAAUGAUGGUUUUGAUGAUGGUAAUGAUAAUUUUGAUGAUAGUAAUGAUCGUUUUGAUGAUGGUAAUUAUGAUGUUGAUGAUGGUAAUUAUGAUGUUGAUGAUGGUAAUUAUGUUGAUGAUGGUAAUUAUGAUGUUGAUGAUGGUAAUGAUGAUGUUUAUGAUAGUAAUGAUGGUUUUGAUGAUGGUAAUGAUGAUGCUGAUGAUGGUAAUUAUGAUGUUGAUGAUGGUAAUUAUGAUGUUGAUGAUGGUAAUUAUGAUGUUGAUGAUGGUAAUUAUGAUGUUGAUGAUGGUAAUUAUGAUGUUGAUGAUGGUAAUUAUGAUGUUGAUGAUGGUAAUUAUGAUGAUGAUGAUGAUGGUGUUUAUGAUACUAAUGAUGGUUUUGAUGAUGGUAAUUAUGAUGUUGAUGAUGGUAAAGAUAAUGUUGAUGAUGGUAAUUAUGAUGUUGAUUAUGGUAAUUAUGAUGUUGAUGAUGGUAAUUAUGAUGUUGAUGAUGGUAAUGAUGAUGGUGUUUAUGAUAGUAAUGAUGGUGUUGAUGAUGGUAAUUAUGACGUUGAUGAUGGUAAUUAUGAUGUUGAUGAUGGUAAUGAUGAUGGUGUUUAUGAUAGUAAUGAUGGUUUUGAUGAUAGUAAUGAUGAUGUUGAUGAUGGUAAUUAUGAUGUUGAUGAUGGUAAUGAUGAUGGUGUUUAUGAUAGUAAUGAUGGUUUUGAUGAUAGUAAUGAUGAUGUUGAUGAUGGUAAUUAUGAUGUUGAUGAUGGUAAUGAUGAUGGUGUUUAUGAUAGUAAUGAUGGUUUUGAUGAUAGUAAUGAUGAUGUUGAUGAUGGUAAUUAUGAUGUUGAUGAUGGUAAUGAUGAUGGUGUUUAUGAUAGUAAUGAUGGUUUUGAUGAUAGUAAUGAUGAUGUUGAUGAUGGUAAUUAUGAUGUUGAUGAUGGUAAUGAUGAUGGUGUUUAUGAUAGUAAUGAUGGUUUUGAUGAUAGUAAUGAUGAUGUUGAUGAUGGUAAUUAUGAUGUUGAUGAUGGUAAUGAUGAUGGUGUUUAUGAUAGUAAUGAUGGUUUUGAUGAUAGUAAUGAUGAUGUUGAUGAUGGUAAUUAUGAUGUUGAUGAUGGUAAUGAUGAUGGUGUUUAUGAUAGUAAUGAUGGUUUUGAUGAUA